ACAGCGGCUAUUGCAAAUGAUAACUCAGAUACAUGCAAAGAUUGAGUUUGACUCAGCGCCUUCACAUUCUAAAGGCGUUACAUGGAUGCUUUAUUCUCACGCUUUUAUGCACAGGAAUUGUCGGACUGGUUUUAUUCAGUACGAUUAUUAGUCAACCUAUUCGAAAUUGUCCUAUACUUCAUGCUAUAUACACUGUGUUCUGGCUUUCUCUUGGCCUUUCUAUUUUACAAAUCAUAUUAGCCAUAAUUUUCUUUAUUUGGUUUCUGUUCACAUUUUUUUGCCCUCCAAAAUCAGUUGGUAGUGUUACAAAUUCAAGCCAACCUGGAGUUCAAGUUAAUCAACUAGUUUAUUCAUCGGAUAAUCCAUUUGAUUCUUGUACAUCAGCUGUUGGUGUCCAUUGUGGUCAAGUUUAUGGACCUUCUUAUUUUUCACGUCCACGUUGUGCAAGUGAUGAUACAUUUGAUACAUCUUCAAGUAUAUGCGACUGUUGUCAAUUCAGAAUUGGAUGGUUAUGGUUUGGUUCCAUAUUUCUUGGAAUUUUAUCAGUUGGUUUAAUAUUAAGUUUGAUAUUGGUAGGAAACUUUUUAUCUGAAAUGGAUACAUUGUUUAACUCAGAGAUGGCCAGCACAUUUGUAGAGGCUCGUGUGAGCUACUUUAGUGCCAAGAGUUCUAACAAUGCACUGAAGUGUUGGGACAUAAUACAGAAAACUUUCCAAUGUUGUGGUCAAAUCAAUUACACUGAUUGGAGUUCAUAUGGACAGAGUAAAGUAGAAAGUGUACUACCGAUUUCAUGUUAUUUCACUGAUAAUAUUUCAGCUAAUCGACAUAUUUAUACUUCAGGUUGUUUAGAUCUUAUCACUAAGUCAUUAAAUUUACAACUGACUACAUCUCGUGUUUAUUUAAUCGUAACAUUUAUUUUACUGGUGGUCACAUUUUUUGUUGAUUUUGGUUACACUUUAUAUGUUGCAUAUACAACUCUUGUUGAAAACCAUGUAAUGGAAUAUGACAGGAGCAAUAUGGAAGGAGUAUGGCAACAUACAUCAGAAGGAAUAACAACAAGAAAAAUUCCCUCGUCCACUGCCAUCUCCGGCCAUUAUCAUGAUGAAUUAGAGUCUAUUUCCAGCAGCAAUUCAAGUUCUAUAAUGGUUCAGAACUCUAUUCAUCAAUCACAUAGGAAUAGCUGACAUUCUUUUCGAGAAAAGUAUGAAUCUAGUCACAAAACAAUAUUUCGUGGAUGUAACAUAAGGAGUUUAAGUGCAUUCAAACAAGAUGCAUGUGGUUUUCCUAUAAUGGACUGAUUUAUGCCAUGAUUCUAUUGUUUAUCUCAUGAUAUCAUAAAGCUUAUAUCAGAUUUGUAUUUGCAUUUUAAUGAAAUAUAUUGAAAAAUAUGACAAAUCACAUAUCUAUUAUUUUUGUUUUGGAAAACUUAUUAUUUUACAUUUUUAUGAUUCCUAAUGUUUGUCAGCACGCUGAUUACAUUUACGUGUCUAUUGUGUGCAUCAUUAAACCAAUAAUACUUUGAAUUUUUUGUCUUUGCGUUUACUAUCCCGUUAUAUGAAGUAAGGGUUUCAUACUUAAUGUAGAGUUGCUUGGAUUUUACUUUUCGAUUUUGUAUGAUUCUCUUGUUCAUUUAUUGAAAAAAUUUAAAGUUUUAUAUGCCUGUGGUUUUCAUACUAGAAAUUAGUUUAAAUAAUGUUUCUUGUUAUUGUAAUGAAUUCUCAUCUAAACAUU